AUGGGGGAUGAGGAUGACACGCAGCUGCUGGCUGCUGCAGGCGCAGUGCUGGCAGAGGUGCGGGAAUCAGCAAAGAAGAAGAAGCAGCAGAACGCAAAGGAUCGAGCAGCAAACAGGAAGGAGGGAAAGCGGAAGAAGGAGGACAAGGAGAAGGACAAAGCAAGGAGGAGAAGCAAGAAGAGCGGCAGUAACACAGGGCAGGGAGCAGCAGAUGGAGAUGUGGAUGGAGAGGCCGAGGCCGCUGGUGAUGGCGAACAGCCAACAAAGCAAGCAAAGGUGCAGGAUGCAAGCGACCUUGGCGGUAGCAGUGCUGCGCAGGCGAGCGAGGCGGCCGACAGCAAGAAGAUGAUGAAGAAGAAGAAAAAGAAGAAGGAGAAGAAGGAGAAGAAGCAUAAGCUGAAGGAGGGGAGCAAGGCGGCAGAGGAUACGUCAACAAAUGAGACAGCGCUGGCAAUGAAAUCAGCUUCAGCAACCGCCACUGCCGAGGACGCUACAGAGCAGAAGACGGAAGAAGAGCAGCAGCAGCACCACCACCAAAACAACAACAAGAAGAAGAAGAAGAAGGAGAAGCAGGGCAAGAGCGGCAGUCAUGAGCAGGAGUGGCAGCCACGCAAGCAGAAAACGAUGAUGCAGCGAAACACGGGUGGCCUGGUGCACUGGCUGGACCACCCUGUGCGGGUGGAUGCGUUGAUCAAGCCAGACGAGCUGCUGCCGAUGGAGACGCUGGGGCUGCACCCGCGACUUUUGGCGCAGCUGAAAGUGGCCGGGUUCUCGCGCCUGUUCCCCGUGCAGGCGGUGAUUGUGCCAGACAUGCUUCGCUCCCGCCACAGCGCAUAUCCAGCAGGCGACAUCUGCGUAAGCGCACCGACUGGCAGCGGCAAGACGCUUGCGUAUGUGAUCCCAAUUCUGCAGCGGCUGUGCACGCGUGUCGUGCCGCAGCUUCGGGCGGUGGUCGUGCUGCCGACGCGGCAGCUUGUGCAGCAGGUGCACGCGGUCUUCGAGGCGUGCUCGCGCAACAUCCACGCGGACUCGACCGUGCCCAUCCGCGUGGCCAUGUGCGCGGGGCAGACGGCGCUGUGGAAGGAGCAGCAGCUGCUGCAGCCGCGGCUGGACGGAUCGAGUGCCGUGGACAUUGUCAUCACCACGCCGGGCCGUCUCGUCGACCACAUCGAUCGCACAGAUGGGUUUACGCUGCAACACGUGGAGUUUCUCGUUGUGGACGAGGCUGAUCGUCUUCUGAUGCAAUCGUACCAGUCGUGGCUCUCCAAGUUGCACAACUGCCUCUUUGCCGGUGGGCGCCCAGACCCAACAAACCUCACCCCGCAAAUGUACGCUUUGAUGCGCGCUGCGUGUGCCCACAACUUCCCUGGCGUGCACGUGCAGAAGAUGUUUUUCUCAGCAACGCUGUCUCGCGAUCCGCAGAUUAUCGCAAAUCUUCGUCUUUGCUUCCCGCGCAUGUACCUCGCAACACAGACAGGUCAGGCGGUGGUGUGUGUGUUUGGCGGGAAGAAGGGCGUGAACACGGUUAUUCCGCCACAACUCCACGAGCACUCCAUCGUCUGCUCAGCAUCAGAAAAGCCGCUGGUGCUUCUGUAUCUGCUGUCGAGUUUACAAAUGGACCGAACUCUCGUCUUUGCAUCGUCUGUCGAAACGACAACAAGGCUGUACACGCUGCUGAAGCUGUUUGGUGCUGUUCGCGUGCAGCAAAUCUCGUCAAAGCAGGACGCGCGCAAGAGCUCAGGCAUCCUCAAGAAGUUUGAGCGUGGGGAGAUAUCUGUGCUUGUGUGUUCAGACACGAUGGCCCGCGGUAUUGAUCUCGCAAACGUCGAAAACGUCAUCUGUUACGACUGCCCCUCAAAGCCAAAGACAUACAUCCACAGGUGCCUUGGGCGGUUCCGGCGGCUGCGUCGAAUGAUUGACGCAAAGACGGUGGAUCGCAUGGAUGUGCGCCCCGACGACUUUGCCGAACACAUGGACAGAUACGAGCUCGCCCUCCAGGAACUUGCCGCAGUUUACAACAAGAAGCCGACAGCUGAGGAGGACGGGGAGUACGAGGCGGCGCACGUGCUUGAGCGGCAGCUGGUGCGCGCGCUGAAUGUGCCGGGCGCCGGCGCAGUGCUGCGGCAGAGGCGAGAGGAGGAGCAGGAAGCUGAGGAGGGGGAUGGUGAUGGUGAUGGUGAUGAUGGUGAUGGUGAGGAGGAUGAGAAGAAGGAGAAGGGAGUGGAGGGAAAGAAGGAGGAGAGGAAGAAGCAAUGAUGCGUACACGUGACGCUGCACACGUGUGUGCAUUGUGUGUGUACAUUGUGUGCAUGCAUUGUCUUCGCGGCCGUGCGAGUGUGUUGUUUGUGUGGAAUGCAAAGAAUCUGACGCAAUCAAAUCCACUGCACUCACACAUCAAGCAAUCAAGCAAUCAAACAAGUCAAGCAAGCAGAAGAAAAAAAAAACAAAAGAAACAAAGGCGCACAAACCGAA